CUGAUGUUUGAAGAGAAGAAUAUCCUGACCUGUGGCCUUUUUAUUUUAUUUAUUAUAUUUUAUUAUGUAACACCUCAACAUUUACACAAGCCUCACUUUCAUUCCAGUUCAAAGAUGGCGCUGCUGUGUAAGGUAUGAUUUCCAUCAAAAGUAGAGGUCAACGUUAACUGUAACUGUUAAGCUUCGUCCAAUCACAGUUUCUUGUGGUUACUUAAUGACUUAAUAAUAUUCUUUGUAAAAAAAAAAAAAAAAAAAACAGUUGUUGAUUCGGCCUAACCAGUGGUGCACCUGGAAGCAGUUAUUUUGACUAAACAACGCCAUCUACCGGAUGAAAAGUGCAUGUGUUAGAUUAGUUUCUAUGGUAACCUUUGAGUUCAACGCUCCGAGUUGAGGAAAAAAUGUCCGGGACUGAUCAUUUGCUAGCUCUUCUACAAAAUAUUAUCGUUUUUCCAAGUAUUUGUUACUAAAUAUUGUAUCUGCCAAACGUCCGUUUUGUUCCAAACAGUUUUCGGUGGCUACAACGUUAGUCGUAUUAACUUUUCUUUUAGUUGUUACAGUAGAUUUGAUACAUUUUAAGUAUGGCAAUUCCUGGCUGUGAUAAUAAAGGAGUUCUGCAGCAGGUAAAUCAGUUUUGGUCGAUGUUAGAUGACAUGUCUCAGAAUAAUCCAGAGGCCUACAGGACCUUCAUUGAACGCCAGUUACGGGAGGGAGCGGAGUUUCACUCCCCACCGGAGCCGCACGCCUGCAUCCGCACUUCUCUACUGGAAUCAAAGGAGGAUGUAUUGUACAUUAACAUUUGCGGUUGGAAACGCGUACCAGCGGCCAUUUCUUACAGUGAUCCUGUUCCUGUGUGUGGAGGACGAAUGGAGAAAGUAACAGAGGAGAAAGAGCGAUACAGUGUUAUUGAUGUGGCCUUCAACCCUGCGGUUCUGGAAACGGCAGCGAAAGAGAAACAUGAGAAAGAGCAGCUCCAUCUGCUUGCUGUGAACUUCAUCCAACAACAGCACAACCUGAGUCUCUCCCAAUGCUACAAACUCACCAAAGACAAAAUUAAAGGCAGCAUUCAGGAUAUGAAGCAGCGUCUCAUGUCACCACAUACAUCCAAAUCUUCUGCCAAUAAGCCACAAUCUGAACCAGCCCCAUCACUCUUGCAGCAGAUCUCCUCACUGAGAAUGGCUGACAGUAAUGAGGAUUCAUCCAUCCAACUAAGCAUGGAGCCGGAGAAAAAAGCAGCCCGAUCAGGUCUCAUUGAGGUGAUCUCCAGCACAGAAUCAGACCAAUCUCAGCCACAACAACCCCGGCAUCAUCUCACAGUCUGUCCUGACAGCAACGGCUCAACUAGGAGCCUGAAGCUGAGUGUUGAGCUUCCUGGAGUGAGAUCUGUGUCACAGUGCCAGCUCAGCAUCUCUCAGGAUGAUAUUCUCCUGGAAGUUGAGGACAUUUAUUAUCUCCAUCUUCCAUUUCCUGAGUUGGUCAAAGAGGAGACAUGCAUCGCAACAUUUAGUAAGAACAAACAGACUCUAGAUGUUUUAGUGACUGUGUUAUGAGAACACUUUACUCUUAUUAAUCAAGAAACCGAGGAUAUAAACCCCUUCCGAAUCAUUUUCUGAGAAAUAUAUUGUUGUAUUAUUAUUUGUCCCAAAGAUAAUUAGACAUACAUUCAAAUUCAAGCUUACAUAUUCUAUUCCCAGACAGAACCAUCUUUUCUUAAAUUUAUAAGAACCUUAAAAGACAAUAAUUAUUUUGUUAUUAGUUAACUAAUUCAUGUUUGAUGUUUAAAUAAAUUAAUAGAACACUAAAAUAAGUGUUUUUAUUAGCAUAUUUUUAAAUAUAUAUAUAUAUAUAUGUAUAUAUUUAAAGUGAAUUUAGGCAUCACAACAUUAGAAAGUACACUUUGAAAGCUUAUUUUGAGAUUUGCUUAAGAUUAUAGUUAACUCUUAUUCAACUUGAAGUGAAUGUUUCAUGACUGCAAAUGUAAUUCAAAUGUAUAAUAAAAAUAACCAAUAUGAUA